ACAGUGACUUCUCUGAUGGCCGUCCAAGGUGCUUCUUCUUCUUCCAUUUCUUCCUCUACUCGUUGGUGGACUUAUGAUGUAUUCUUGAGUUUUAGGGGAGAAGAUACUCGUCAAAAUUUCACUGCCCAUCUCCAUCAAGCUUUGGAUCAAAAGAAAAUAUACACAUACAUAGAUUACAAGCUUCCAAGAGGUGAGAAAAUCUCAGAAGAACUUCUUAAAGCUAUCGAAAGCUCAAGGAUCUCAAUUGUCGUCCUCUCAAAAAACUAUGCGUCAUCCACAUGGUGUUUGGAUGAGUUGAUGAAGAUCCAAGAGUGUAAAAAAACAAAGCAACAAAAGGUUUUACCAGUAUUUUACGAUGUAGAUCCAACAGAAGUACGACAUCAGAGAGAGGUGUUUGGAAAAGCAUUAGAUAAUCUUAAAGAAAGGUACAAGGAUGAGUUGAAGGUGGAGAGAUGGAAAGCAGCCCUAACAGAAGUGGCCAGUUUGUCUGGAUUCACUUUAGGAGAUAGGAUUGAACCAGAAUUGAUUGAAGAAAUUGUUCGAGAGGUUUCUAAAGUAGUAAAGCCUAAAUAUUUAAAUGACGUUGCCAAGCAUCCAGUCGGAAUGGAGUCUAGAGUACAUGACGUCCAUGAUAUACUUCUACGUGUGGGAGUGAAUGAUAUACGCAUACUAGGGAUCUAUGGCAUUGGUGGAGUUGGUAAGACAAAUUUGGCUAAAGAAAUCUACAACUCCUUUACCGACCAAUUUGAAUGUUGUUGCUUUCUUGCAAACGUCAGAGAAACUUCACAGCGUGAGCAUGGUUUAAUUCAAUUGCAAGAGACACUUCUUUGCGAGAUCCUCGGUGACUGGAGUUUGAAGGUUAGAAAUGAAGAUGAAGGAAUGGGUCUCAUAAAAAAAAUGCUUUGGAGUAAAAGGGUUCUUUUAGUUCUUGAUGAUUUGGAUCAGUCGGUCAAAGUGAAAACCAUACUUGGAGGAUGUGAUUGGUUUGGUUUAGGAAGUAUAAUCAUUAUAACAACUAGAGAUGAACAUUUAUUAACUAGUAAUAAUGUUCAUUUACGAUAUAAGGUGAAGGAAUUGGAUCAUGAUGAAGCUCUUCAACUUUUUUGUUGGAAUGCCUUCAAAAAUGAAAAUCCUAACCAUGAUUUUGUCGAAAUCACAGAAAAUGUACUGCAUUACGUUGGGGGCCUUCCGUUGGCUUUAAUGGUGGUAGGCUCGGAUCUAUUUGGUAGGGACAUUCAUUAUUGGAGAAGUGCUUUAGAAAAGUACAAAAAAAUUCCUCCCAGAGAUAUUCUUGAAACGCUUAGAAUAAGUUAUGAUGGCUUGGAUGAAAGUGAGAAGUGUAUUUUCCUGGACAUUGCAUGUUUCUUUGCGGGAGAGGAAGAAGAAUAUGUUACGAAAAUACUUGAUGCUUGUGGUUUCUUUCCUAAGUGUGGUAUCAAAGUACUAGUGGAUAAGUCACUCCUAACAAUUGAGUGUGGCAAAUUAAUCAUGCAUGACCUACUCAAAGAUAUGGGUAGAGAAAUUGUUCGUCAAGAAUCACCUGCAGAACCCGAGAAACGUAGUAGGUUGUGGUUUCAUGAAGACGUUCGUCAUGUAUUUGAAGAAACUAAGGGAACAAACAUGAUUCAAGGCAUAUUGAUAGAGUUUCCAAAACAAGACUUGAUAGAUUUGAAUCCUGAGACUUUCUCGGCGAUGAGAAGGCUCAGGAUAUUUAUAAAUCGUAAUGCACGCUUCUCAAGAGAACCUACUUAUCUCUCAAAUGAGUUAAGAGUACUUGAUUGGCACAGCUAUCCUAGUGAUUCUUUCCCACAAAACUUUCAUGGAAGGAAACUCCUCGUUUUAAAAAUGGAUGAUUGCUUCAUCAAAGAAUUGGGAGAAGGAUUAAAGAAUUUCCAGAAGUUGACUACUGUAAAAUUCUCUAAAUGUAAAUUCCUAACAAAGAUUCCUGAUGUGUCGGGGCUCCAGACUUUAAAUAGAUUGGACAUUGAGGAUUGCAAUAACUUAGUUGAGGUACAUCAAUCUAUUGGCUUCCUUGAUAAACUCGUCAAAUUGUCAAUUGUAUAUUGUCAGAGCCUUACUAGUUUUCCAAGCUCCCUCAAGUUGAGAUCUCUAGAAAUGCUCAUUCUUUCUUAUUGCGAAAGGCUGCAGAAGUUUCCUGAAAUUGACAGUGAAAUGAAAUGUUUAACAUAUGUUCAACUAGAACACUUGACUGCUAUAAAUGAAUUGCCUUCAUCUAUUGGGAAUCUUACUAGCCUCUUGGAUUUACAAAUAAGCGAUUGCUACAGAUUAAGGCAUAUCCCUAACAGCAUUCAUCAGUUGCAACAUCUACGUUGUCUCAUUCUCGAGCGUACGUCAGAUGAUCAAAGCCAAUAUCCCUUACCCUUCUCCACUGCAGAAUUGUUCUCUUCAGAUUUAUCGGGAACUGCCUUCAAUUCCACCUUGGAAGUUUUAGAUUUAUCGGGAAGCAAUAUUGUCGUUAUCCCUCCUGAGUGGAUCAGAGGAUUUGUUCAAUUACAGUUACUUGAGUUGUGUCAUUGCGAGCAACUUCAAGAAAUCUUAGAACUUCCUCCAAAUAUGACUACGGUAAACACUAGGGGUUGCAUUUCAUUGGAGAGUUUUCCUGAAGUAUCAAAUCAGUUUGAAUUCAAUACAAGCAGCCUUAAAGUACGUUCGAUUAACUUGAGUGGAUGCCAUAAUAUGCUUGUAAAUCCUCUACGGUUUGAGGAAUAUGUAGAGGAUCUGGAAGAAGAUUGUGAACUUAUAUUUCCAGGAAAUAAGAUUCCAGAUUUGGACUACCAUUGCAAGCUGAAGAAGACUCGAAAUAGUUAUGUAUGUGAUGGGAUAAAUGUUGAUUUGGUGUAUUCGAAUGAGAUUAAAGGGUUCAUUGCAUGUGCUGUAGUUCUGUCUGAUCCCUCCCAAAGGUCUCCCCGCAAUAAUAUGCAUAUCGAGAUCUACUAUAAUGGUGUUUAUCAGUAUACCAGUACGCGUACAUCACCUAUUGAUCCAAGUAGCUCAGAUCAUGUAUGGUUGUAUUACCAUAAACUAAAAGGAGAGCGUUUAAAAUCAGUGGAGGGAAUUCUGCAACUUAAGUUUGAUAAGGACCAAGGUAGAGUCCUAAUUAGAAGUUUUGGAAUCCGGGUGCUACGCAAGCAGAAGGAGACCAAUACAUUGCAAGACGUUGCAAGUUGGAGUCCCUGUGUUAACGUCCAGCCCUCUUCAGAAUCAAUAAUUUCUGAUUUAGAGAAUGGCAGCCACGAUGAGAAUCCAAAUGAUCAAGAUUUGGAACGUCAUGGGGUCCAUUUGGUAGAGAAGGAUGAAGGGAAGACGAGAUCAUGAUACAGGUGUGCUCCACGAAGAUGUUGGUGCCCAUUUUGAUGCAACCAGUGAAGAAAAUGAAGGUUGGGUACAUUUAAUGGAUGGUAAGAGACGUCAUGAUGAAGAUGAUUGCAACUUGGAAUUCAAUUGGUACCCUCAACAAAAGAGGCAGUAUUCCUCAACCAUGGGCAUUCGAAUGACAGAAUUAGAGAAUGACGAUGAGAAUUCAAAAGAAGAUUUGAAUUUA